AUGCUGCCAUCUUUAAUACUGCCUACCUCAAUAUUGCCUACCUUAGUGCUGCCAUUCUUACUACUCCCCUCUUCCCUCCCCUCUUCAUUGCUCCCCUCUUCAUUGCUCCCCUCUUCAUUGCUCCCCUCUUCAUUGCUCCCCUCUUCAUUGCUCCCCUCUUUCCUCCCCUCUUUCCUCCCCUCUUCCCUUCCCUCAAGCUUACCUUCUUCACUCCCUUCUUUGCUCCCCUCUUUACUUCCCACUACAGUCCCCACUACACUCCUCACUACACUCGUCUCAAGCUUACCUUCUUCCCUACCCUCUACCCUCCCGUCUCCUCUCCCUUCGUCGCUCCCCGUGAGCCUGCCAUCGUCGCCUCCAAGCACAUCUCCGUCGCGCUCGUCCUCGUCGCCGCCAAGCACAUCUCCGUCGCGCUCGUCUUCGUCUCCGCCAAGCACAUCUCCGUCGCGCUCGUCCUCGUCGCCGCCAAGCACAUCUCCGUCGCGCUCGUCUUCGUCUCCGCCAAGCACAUCUCCGUCGCGCUCGUCCUCGUCUCCGCCAAGCACAUCUCCGUCGCGGAGUUCAGCUUCUUCAAGUUCAGCCCCUGCUUCAUCCAGCUCACCCAGUGCCUUGCCCUGUGAUAUCUACGCAUCCGGCGGUACUCCCUGCGUCGCUGCUCACAGCACAACUCGUGCCCUGUACAGAACCUACUCCGGUGUCCUCUACCAGAUACAACGUGGCUCCGAUGGCACCACGCUGAAUAUCUCUCCGCUAUCCGCCGGCGGGGUCGCCAACUCUGCUGCCCAGGAUACCUUUUGUGCCGGCACAACGUGUCUGAUUACUAUUAUUUACGACCAGUCUGGCAGAGGAAACCAUCUGACCCAGGGCCCACCUGGUCAUUUCCUGGGCCCAGACGUUAAUGGCGCUGAUAACCUAGCCAGUGCUAUUGGUGCACCGGUGUUUCUUAAUGGCCAGAAGGCAUAUGGUGUCUUUAUCUCUCCUGGGACUGGCUACCGAAACAAUGCUGCAACUGGUCUAGCUACUGGAGAUGCUCCCGAGGGUCUUUAUGCUGUUGUUGAUGGUACCCACCACAAUGGUGGCUGCUGCUUUGACUACGGUAAUGCGGAGAGAAACAGCGAUAACAACGGCAACGGUCAUAUGGAAUCUAUCUACUUUGGUUCUAAUACGGUUUGGGGUACUGGCGCUGGAACUGGACCCUGGCCUCUGGCAGAUCUUGAGAAUGGCCUUUACUCUACCCAAGCUGUUGCUCAGAAUCCAGCACUCCCAGCUGUCAGCCAACAAUUCUUCACUGCGACUUUAAAGGGGCGGCCAAAUAACUGGGCACUCCGGGGCGGUGAUGCAACACUUGGCGCGUUAACGACAUACUUUAACGGCCCACGGCCUUCAGGUUAUAACCCAAUGAGCAAGGAGGGGGCGAUUACCUUGGGUGUUGGGGGUGAUAACAGCAACAGUGCCCAGGGUACCUUCUAUGAGGGUUGUAUAACCACUGGGUUUCCCACGGAUGCUACUGAAAACUUGGUCCAAGCCAAUGUUGUUGCUGCCCAGUACGCCGCAGCCCCGCUGAUAAGCGGGCCACCACUCACCGUGGGCACAUCCAUCUCGCUACAAACCACUGGAAAUCCAACACAGUAUCUUUCCCAUACAACAAAUCUUGUCGACAUCCAAGCUGUCAGCACCAGCAGUACUGCCGCUCUGAAGAAGGCGGCAAGCUGGACGGUACGGACGGGGCUUGGCAACAGCAACUGCUUCUCGUUCGAGAGCAAUGAUUCUCCUGGCCAAUUUCUUCGACACUAUGCCUUUCAGUUGUAUGUUGCUCCAAAUGAAGGUACCAAACAGUAUUACGAGGACGUCACCUUCUGCACACAGGCUGGUCUUAAUGGCCAAGGCAUCUCGCUUCGCUCCUGGAGCUAUCCCACACGCUAUGUGCGCCCCUUCAACAACCUUGCGUAUAUCGCAUCCAACGGUGGUGUUGACGCCUUCGAUGUUAAGCAGUCAUUCAACAAUGAUGUCAGCUUUAUCGCUGUUAAUGGUUUCGCAUAA